ACGUGCGGCGGGAUCAAGAUUGUCACUCAUUUAAGCAGGCUAUUCCAUGUUGUUGUAAAUUAUAGAAACUUACAUAUUUAUUUAAAGAAAACAACAUGUUACGACGGCAAGCGCGUUUGCGCCGAGAAUACUUAUUUAGGAAAUCCGCGGAGGACAAACAAAAAAGUAUUCAAGCGAAAAAAGAUCAGUUAAAGAAGAGCUUGGAAGAAAACAUUCCCAUUCAUGGUGAUUUGCGUAAGGAAGCACUCGCUUUACAGAAGCGAAUAGAAUAUGAGGAUAAAGGUCCAGAAAGAGCAGCAAUUAUUGGUGGUUUCAGCGGUGGAACAAACACACUUAAUUCACAAGAUGAUGAAUACAGGUUUGCAGGAGUCGAAGACCCUAAAAUAAUGAUCACCACAUCCAGAGAACCCAGCGCCAGAUUGAAAAUGUUUGUUAAGGAACUUAGAUUAAUAUUCCCUAACAGUCAGCGGAUGAACCGAGGUGGCUAUGAGAUGUCACAAUUGAUACAUGCUUGUCGAGCCAAUGACGUUACAGAUUUUAUUGUUGUGCACGAGCACAGGGGCGUACCAGAUAGUUUGGUAAUCUGCCACCUACCAUAUGGUCCAACAGCAUCAUUCACCCUCUCUGGAGUAGUGAUGCGACACGACAUACCCGACAUCGGGCCCAUGAGCGAACAGUAUCCACAUCUCAUAUUCCAUAAUUUUAAGACUGAUCUCGGUUUGAGAACAAUGAGUAUAUUAAAGUACUUGUUCCCGGUACCGAAAGCUGAUUCAAAGAGAGUCAUCACAUUUGCCAACAAUGAUGACUACAUCUGUUUUAGGCAACAUACAUAUAGAAAGGCAGGUAAAGAGAUUGAAUUAACAGAAAUCGGUCCGAGAUUCCAAAUGAAAUUGUACGAAAUAAAACUCGGAACAUUGGAGGCUUUGGACGCCGCCGACACCGAGUGGGCUCUGAGGCCUUACAUGAACACUGCUGCAAAAAGACGGUUCCUGAGCAACGAGGAUGGCUGGCAGGACGAAGAAUAAUUUUUAAUUUGUAUGUAAAUUUGGAAAUAUAUUUUGAUCUAUUAAUAACUGGCUUUCAUCUGUGGUUUUGCCAACAAUAAACUAUGAGAAACAUUUCUUGUAUCUCUGUAAUGUUAA